AUGUCCUUGCAAAAAAGACCUUUUUCACAUUUUAGCAUUCUUUUUGCGUUAAAUUUACUGAACGCGCACACAAAUUUUGCUCAGAAAUCAAUAAAUUGUUCUACUUUUACUUCCUGUGGAGAUUGUACUAGUCGUUUGGAAUGUGGUUUUUGUGUAAAGGACAAUUUAUGCGUACAAGGUAGUUGGAAUGAACCGUUCAAGAACUCAAGUUUAUGCCUAAACGAUAAUUGGGAAUAUGAGUAUGCUCAAUGUUUUGUUACCCAUAAGCAGGCCCUUAUAUCUUUAAUUUCAGCACUUGUUGGAAUACUAUUUAUUUCAAUAUUACUUUGUCUCUGUUGUUGUAUUUGUCGAUGUUGUAGAAUAAGAGGUUCAUCUGAUGAUGAAAGAACCCCUUUAUUAGGUAAUGAUACUCUCGCAACACAACACUUUAGGCGCGCUUCCUUUUAUAAUUAUAAUCGAAACCGACCUUUUGAAAGAAGAGGUAGAACUUUGAGUUCUGGAACCGUCAAUGCUAUGCAAUAUGGUGGUGGUAGAAAUUGGCGUAAUGGUGCUGAAGAAUAUAUGUAUGGCUAUGGAGCUCCUAAUCAACCUUCAAUGUUAUGGGUGAAUGAUACUCCUGGCGUUCCAACUGAUUACGCUAUGAGCUCUCAUAAUAAUAGUCUUGGCAAUGGUGAAUGGAGGAAAUGGGAAAAGAAACGUGAAGAAUUAUUAGCUAAAUAUGCUAAAAAUUCUUCUGAAUGCUGA